AUGAAGUCUAAGACCAACUGUGCUCAGAACCCAACUUGUAAUAUAAUGAUAUUUCAUCCAACCAAAGAAGAGUUUAAUGAUUUCGAUAAAUACAUUGCUUAUAUGGAAUCCCAAGGUGCUCACCGAGCAGGCCUGGCUAAGAUAAUUCCACCCAAGGAGUGGAAAGCCAGACAGAACUAUGACAAUAUCAGUGACAUUCUAAUAGCCACACCCCUGCAACAGGUGGCCUCGGGGCGGGCAGGUGUCUUUACUCAAUACCAUAAAAAGAAGAAAGCCAUGACUGUGGGGGAAUAUCGGCACUUGGCCAACAAUGACAAAUACUGUACUCCACCACACCUGGAUUUUGAAGAUUUGGAGCGAAAAUACUGGAAGACUCGCCUCUAUGAUUCCCCGAUCUAUGGGGCCGACGUCAGCGGCUCCUUGUUCGAUGACCACACCGAACACUGGAACCUUGGAAACCUGGGAACAAUUCAGGACCUGCUGGAGCAGGAAUGUGGAGUCGUCAUCGAAGGAGUCAACACGCCUUACCUGUACUUUGGUAUGUGGAAGACCACCUUCGCCUGGCACACAGAGGACAUGGAUCUCUACAGCAUUAACUACCUGCACUUCGGGGAGCCCAAAACGUGGUACGCGGUGCCCCCAGAGCAUGGCAGACGUCUGGAGCGCCUGGCCAGGGAGCUUUUCCCUGGCAGUUCUCGGGGCUGCAAGGCCUUCCUGAGGCACAAGGUGGCUCUCAUUUCACCGAGCGUCCUGAGGGAGAAUGGCAUCCCCUUCAGUCGGAUCACCCAGGAGGCUGGUGAGUUCAUGGUGACUUUCCCCUAUGGCUACCACGCUGGCUUCAAUCACGGCUUCAACUGUGCAGAAGCCAUCAAUUUUGCCACCCCGCGUUGGGUAGAUUAUGGUAAACUGGCAUCUCAGUGCAGCUGCGGGGAGGCCAGGGUCAUGUUUUCCAUGGACGCCUUCGUGCGCAUUCUGCAACCUGAGCGCUAUGAGCUGUGGAAACAGGGGCAGGACCGGGCUGCUGUGGACCACACGAAGCCUACAGCACUGACCAGCCAGGAGCUGACCGCCUGGAAGGAGACCCGGGCACCCGUGAGAGCCUCGCAGGGCCUGCGGCACCUCCCUCCCCGCCGAGCCCCACGCUCUCCUCGUCCUCUUGCUGCUAGCAGUGGUCCUCAUCCCUGUGCCCUAGUGCGCACUGCCCCCAUGCGCCCCUUUUCUAACCUAGAUGCUGCUCUGCUACCCAAGACCACUAGCGCCACUUCCACUCCCUGCAGCCCUGUGGAACCCAACCAGAACCCGCCACUGGCCCAGCGUCCAUUGGCCCCACUUCUCCAGCCUUCACCUGUUAGAAGGGGUCGUGGUCGUGGUCGUCGUCGUCGGGAAUCUGAGCCUCAGGAGCAGACUGUCAAGGCCUCGGCCAAGAGGCGCCUCUCCGUGGGCACAGCUCACACCGCCCCAGGGCCUGAGGCUCAACGCCCGUCUGGGGAUGGACCUUUGAUGGACAACCCUGCCCUUCUGAGUCCUGGACCUCAACGUCCUGCUAAAACUUCAGGGUGUUGUUGUGCCCCACCCCACUAG